AUCAAAUAUGUGAUAUUCACAGAUUGCAGGGUAAAUUUUGUGAAACUAACGUAUAAUGUGUGUCAGCCCUGCUGCUGUUCGACCAGAAUCAGAACCCCCCAUCUUCUUAAAUCGCACAAAUCUCAGCAGCUCCGGGGACGAUCGGCGGCUCCUCUGGCAACGUGAGUUUCUGCUGAGUGCUGAAAGGAUGCAGAGCAAGGAAUCCUCCCUCAAUGAAGAAGAAUCAUUUCCCGUUCGAAAGCUAGAGAUUUCAGACAAAAGAAAGGGUUUCAUUGAACUGUUGCAACAACUCACCGUAUGUGAUUCCGUCUCCGACAAAGAAUUCGAAGGAAGAUUUCAAGAGCUCAGUUUAUACGGUGAUGACCAUCUUGUUUGCGUUAUUGAGGAUAAUUGUUAUGGGAAGAUAGUUGCCACUGGAAGCGUGUUCAUUGAAAAGAAGUUCAUAAGGAAUUGUGGCAAAGUUGGGCAUAUUGAAGAUGUUGUAGUUGAUUCGAAUGCUAGGGGAAUGCAGUUGGGAAAGAAAAUUAUAGCGUUCCUUUCGGAUCAUGCUCAAUCGAUGGGUUGUUACAAGGUGAUUCUUGAUUGCAGUACCGACAACAAAGUAUUCUAUGAAAAAUGUGGCUUCAAGCAGAAAGAAAUUCAGAUGGUGAAGUAUUUCACUUGAGGCACUAUUUAUUUUUUAUUUUUAUUUUUUGCUGUCAUCUGGAUUUGAGAUGCAAGUCCAGCAGUAAUUGUGGGUCUAUUUUUACGUGAAGAGUCUCUCUCUCAUCUCUCCCUGGAGUUCAUCUUUUGGAAAUUGCAAUGCAUUGAAAGGGUUGCAAUUUGCUAUUAUUCCUUGGGUAAAUACGGACGAACUAAAUUCGGAGGGUGAAAUAUUUUCACUUGCGGGACUAAA